AUGGCUCGUCUCACGGCUUCGAUUCUUGUUGCAGCCGGUAUUGCUGGCGCUGCCAACGCGCAGGCUGCGGUGUGGGGGCAGUGUGGAGGAACAGGAUGGACGGGGGCGACAAGCUGUGCUGCGGGGGCUUAUUGCUCUUCGCAGAACCCUUGGUACUUCCAAUGUGUCCCUGGCACCGUCGCCGCGUCAACUUCAACCGCUGCUAGCGUCCCGGCCACAACCACGGUCCGAACAACGACGACCACCGUCCGGACCUCCUCGUCCGCCGGCGCGACGGCUACGGCCACUAGCUCGCCGUCCGGAGUGAAGUACUUCAUCACCUUCGGCGACUCCUACUCCCAGACAGGCUUCAACAUCAACUCCACAAAGCCCAACCCGCAGAACCCCCUCGGCAACCCCGAUCUCCCGGGCUGGACCGCAUCAGGCGGCCUGGACUGGGUCGGCUUCAUGGUGACGCAGUUCAACGCCAGCCUGGUCUACAGCUACAACCUCGCCUAUGGCGGCGCGACCACCGACGCGACGCUCAUCGCGCCGUAUGCAAGCACCGUGCUCAGCUUCAUCGACCAGGUGGCCGAAUUCUCCCGCAGCCUGGCGUCAAAGCCGAGCUGGGCGCCGUGGACGGCGGAUAACACCCUCGCCGGGGUCUGGAUGGGUGUAAAUGAUGUUGGGAACGCUUUCUGGCUGAGUAACAGGGAGACGCUCCUUGUGCAGGUCCUGGGCAAGUACUUUGAUCAGUUGCAGAUUUUGUACAAUGCUGGAGUAAGGAAGUUUGUGCUGCUGAGCGUACCUCCUACGCAAAAGACGCCUCUGAUGCUCGCCAACGGCGCCGACUCGAAUGCGCAGCUUGCGGCGGCUAUUAAGCAGUACAACGAUCUCAUCAACAGCAACCUCGCCGCUUUCAAGGCCAAGAACUCGGGUGUGACAUCCUGGGUUGUUGAUACCACUGCAGCUUUCGACAAGGCCAUCAACAACCCGACCGCCUAUGGCGCCCCUGAUGCUACUUGUUACAACGCCGACGGCGUCAGCUGUUUGUGGUUCAAUGACUACCACCCUGGCGUAGCCAUCCAGAAGCUUGUAGCACAGGCUGUUGCUCAGGCUGUUGGUGCACCGUUUUUCAAGGUGUAA